GCAGCGGUGAUCCUCGCACCACAGCAGCAACAUCCGCCACAACAAACCAUCGUGUACUGAGACUGUGCGAUAAAGUGUGUCUAAUCUCUCGGCCACAUGGAAUAAAGUCACCGAGAGAGAAAAAAUAUGACCUGGAUGAAUCAAACCAUCUCCAAAAGAAGUCUGCGAGUGUUCGAUGCAGCUGCCACCUUGUCUCAAAGAUGUUUGCUCACAAUACAAGUCAGACAAAAGUCCAACGGGAUGCCAAUUGUUCAUCACGGCGAGUAUGUGUGCGAGCUGCCUGCGAACCACAGGUUCCCUAUGGCCAAGUUUCCACGAGUGUUGCACUUUUUAAUCAAGGACCAAGUCAUUAGCGACAAACAGGUGUGGACGCCUGAAAUGGCCUCCUUGGAUUUGCUGCGUGGCGUCCACACUGACGACUACCUGGAAAAGUUCAUAAACGGCAAGGUCUGCGAGCGGGACCAAAGGAGGACGGGAUUCCCUUGGAGUGAAGGUCUUGUGAGGCGCUGUCGAUACGAAACAGGUGGGACCGUGCUGGCGGCCAAGCUGGCUCUGCAGCGAGGUCUGGCCUGCAGCACGGGCGGCGGGACCCAUCACGCCUUUCCCAGCUACGGUUCUGGGUUCUGUCUACUCAAUGACCUGGCGGUGGCAGCACGGCACCUGGUGAGCGGCUCUUCGUGGAAGAAGGUUCUCAUUGUGGAUCUGGACGUGCACCAGGGUGACGGCACCGCUUUCAUCUUCCAAGACGAGCCAUAUGUCUUCACCUUCUCAGUGCAUUGUGGGAAAAACUUUCCUCUCCGCAAACAACACGGCGACCUCGAUGUCAGCGUUGAGGAUGGCCUAGAGGACAAGGAGUAUCUCGCCACAGUGCAGGCUCACCUUCCUUGGUUGCUGGAGUCUUUCCGGCCAGAUCUGGUGCUGUACGAUGCCGGCGUGGACCCUCACUGCGAAGAUGAACUGGGAAGACUACGUCUGACUGACCGAGGGCUAUAUGAGCGGGAUCUGUACGUGAUGAAGACAGUGCUGAAUAGAGGCAUCCCCUUGGCAGCCGUCAUCGGGGGAGGGUACUCACCAGACAUCGACAAGCUGGCCCUCAGACACUCUAUUGUCCACCGAGCGGCGACUCAGAUUUGGAGGGAGCGUGGGAUGUAAAUCCUCAGCACUAAAAAUGGAUCGUCAGCAUUUAGGAUUGAUCCUGUCUUACAAUUUAUACAGUUAUGAAUAAUAUAGUCUAUUAUUCAUACCCUGGCCAAAUUGUGAGUUGAAGUGACUAUCAUAUAUGUUGAAUGGAUAUAUUUAAAAUGGAAAUGGCACGAGAAAAUGCCAAGACUUGGGACGGCGCAGUUGGGAGAGUGGUCGUGCCAGCAACCUGAGGGUUCCUGGUUCAAUCCCCAGCUUCUACCAUCUUAGUCCCAUCCGUUGUGUCCUUGAGCAAGACACUUCACCUUUGCUCCUGAUGGGUCGUGGUUAGCACCUUGCAUGGCAGCUCCCGCCAUCAGUGUGUGAAUGUAGAAAUAGUGUCAAAGCGCUUUGAGUACAUUUUAAAAGUAGAAAAUAGCUAUACAAGUAUAACCCAUUUAUCAUUCAUCAUAAGAUAAAUGAAUAAAGAAUGCAACUUUCUACAAACCCCGUUUCCUUAUGAGUUGGGAAAUUGUGUUAGAUGUAAAUAUAAACAGAAUAAAAUGAUUUGCAAAUCAUUUACAACCCAUAUUCAGUUGAAUGCACUACAAAGACAAUAUAUCUGAUGUUAAAACUCAAACUUUAUUUUUUUUGUAAACAAUAAUUAACUUAGAAUUUCAUGGCUGCAACACGUGCCAAAGUAGUUGGGAAAGGGCAUGUUCACCACUGUGUUACAUCACUUUUUAACAACACUCAACUAAUCGUUUGGGAACUGAAGAAACUAAUUGUUGAAGCUUUGAAAGUAGAAUUCUUUCCCAUUUUGUUUUUAUGUAGAGCUUCAGUCGUUCAACAGUCGUAUUUUACGCUUCAUAAUGCGCCACACAUUUUCCAUGGGAGACAGAUCUGGACUGCAGGCGGGCCAGGGAAGUACUUGCACUCUUUUUUCUACGAAACCACACUGUUGUAACACAUGGCUUGGCAUUGUCUUGCUGAAAUAAGCAGGGGCGUUCAUAAUAACGUUGCUUGGAUGACAACAUAUGUUGCUCCAAAACCUGUAUGGACCAUUCAGCAUUAAUGAUGCCUUCACAGAUCUGUAAGUUACCCAUGCCUCGGGCACCAAUACACCCCCAUCCCAUCACAGAUGCUGGCUUUUGAACUUCACGCCUAUAACAAUCCGGAUGGUUAUUUUCCUCUUUGUUCUGGAGGACACCAUAUCCACAGUUUCCAAAUAUAAUUUGAAAUGUGGACUCGUCAGACCACAGAACACUUUUCCACUUUGCAUCAGUCCAUCUUAGAUGAGCUCGGGCCCAGCGAAGCCAGCGGCAUUCCUUGGUGUUGUUUAUAAAUGAGUUUUGCUUUGCAUAGCAGAGUUUUAACUUGCACUUACAGAUGUAGCGUCCAACUGUAGUUACUGACAGUAGUUUUAUGAAGUGUUCCUGAGCCCAUGUGGUGAUAUCUUUGACACACUGAUGUCGGUUUUUGAUGCUGUACUGCCUGAAGGAUCAAAAGUUCAUAAUAUCAUUGCUUACAUGCAGUUAUUUCUCCAGAUUAUCUGAACCUUUUGAUGAUGAUAUGGACCUUAGAUGGUAAAAUCCCUAAAUUCCUUGCAAUAGCUCAUUGAGAAAUGUUGUUCUAAAACUGUUCGACAAUUUGCCUACAAAUUGGUGACCCUCGCCCCAUCCUUGUUUGUGAAUUACUUAGCAUUUCAUUGAAGCUGCUUUUUUACCCAAUCAUGGCACCCACCUGUUCCCAAUUAGCCUGCACACCUGUGGGAUGUUCCAAGUAAGUGUUUGAUGCGAAUUUCUCAACUUUAUCAGUAUUUAUUGCCACCUUUCCCAACUUCUUUGUCACAUGUUGCUGGCAUCAAAUUCUAAAGUUAAUAAUUAUUUGCACAAAAAAAAUGUUUAUCACUUUGAACAUCAAAUAUGUUGUCUUUGUAGCAUAUUCAACUGAAUAUGGGUUGAAAAGGAUUUGCAAAUCAUAGUAUUCCGUUUAUAUUUACAUCUAACACAAUUUCCCAACUCAUAUGAAAAUGGGGUUUGUACAUUUUGAAAAAAAGUUAUGAAAGUUUCAUCUUUUUAACAACUUGUUACACAUUUGUUGUUUGCAAAUAGCACACCUACGUUAUAAUUAGAGGGGUGUCCCAAUAGAUUUUCAUUCCCUUUACGAUGCCGAUAUUAAAGCCUUGAGUGUUGACUGAUACCGAUGUUGAUCGAAUUCGAUAUCAGCACAAAUCAUACAUACUUUAGUUUUGUAUUGUGGACUGUUAGAAAAGGUUUGAUCUAGUGAAAGUAAGUCAAACAGAGAACAAUGGUAGUUAUGAAAUGAUUUAACCCAUGUAUUCUGUCUUCAAAUUGAAGUGGAUUGGUAAUUUGUUUUUUUGGGGGGACACAGAGUGGCCAAAGUAAUUGUCUAGUUUGUGUGCGAUUGAAUGUUUAGUUAUGUAGCUGCCAGCUCCUAGUACCCUAUAGUCUACCAUGUUUAUCUAAAGUCGAAGAAAAGACCAACCAUAUGUGCUUAUUGGAGGACAUGUUAAUGUUAAUUAACUGUCCGGCACAAGUAAACACGCCGCAAGAAGGCUUGAAUAUCUGUUUAUAGUAAAUCAUUUAUUUUACUCGCAAGCCAAAAUCAUCCAGUACUCGUUUUUUUAAAAAUAAUAUCGAUUAAUAUCAGAUCAAGUCACCCCGAGUUAUAACUGAAGCAGUAAUUCAACUUCAAUAUGACCCUGCAUAUGGGUUUUGUAUAAUUUCACCCUUAUGCAAACUUUAAUUUAAACUUGUCUAUUGUUUAAACAAAGAUGUGAGCACCAAGGGGCGAUCACACAGUUUACUUUGUAAAAGCAGCUAAUUGAUUGUUGUACCAGUUGUGAGGGGGAACGUCACUGUUUUUUAAAUGUUGCCUAUCAUUCACAAUCAUUUUGUAAGACAAGAACACAAAGACGAACACAUAAUCCUCACAAAGGUAAAAAAAGUGGAUGCAAACAAGUGUUUUUUUCUGUCUUGAAAGUCAAAGUUGACCAACUAAGUUUAUGGCUACAACCUUCUACUAUCCAGUUGAGAGGCAUGAUUUAUAAUCUAGAAUCUCACCAACUCAGAGACAAUGCAGCAUCUCACCGGCUCAAUGUCACCAUUGUUACUGCAUGAGCUAGUUAGCUCUGAUCACGGUCCCACUAAAAGUAUUUUUUUUUUGCGUUAGCACGUCUAAUAACAAUAUUGCUAAUACUUGGUUAAUAUUCAGGUCACAAGAUGUAAAUGGAGAAUUGUUGAUUGUUGUGCACAAUAGUGUACUACAUUAGCUGCAUUGUUAGUCACCUCAUACUUAGUGUAUUUUACAAAUUAGAAUGCAUAAAAAAAGAAAAACGUGUUCUUGUCUUACAUGGGUUGUGAAUGAAAGGCAAAAUUCCCCCCAAAAAGUGCAGUUUUUCUUUCAUAGCAGUGUGCUUUUAACACUCUACAUAAUACCUUAUUAACAUUUAGAACAGCCUGACUACUAAUAAUGCAAUACACAACAAAGGAUGUCAUGAACAAAAACGUUUAAUAAAAUGACAAAAACACCCAUUUACAGGUUUGUCACACAAACAAAGAAAACACCUCCUUGGCUCGAUGUUUCAAGUUUUUCAAAGUCUAUUAAUAGUUGGCGUCAAGCAGCGACAUACUUGUGGUACAGUGCAAUGUUUAUUCACAGUAUAUGAGGCAGUUCACCGCUAUGUUCUACUUCUACACAUACCACACGCGAGUACUCAAGACGGCGACAUCGAGCGUUUAUUGGAGAGAACUAUAUCUUCUCGUACAUGCAGCUAGAAACCACACAGAAUUCAUGAUAAAACGACGAAAAUAAAAAGUUUAAAAACAAAGCAUUAAGGUGUUCCAAACUUUGGCUUAUUAAAGUCCAAAUAGGAUGGUGAUUCUCUUGCAGGAUAUUUAAAAAAAAAACACUACCGUGACGCACACUAC